GUUGAGUUUAAAUUGAAAAGGUGCUACAAAGAAGAAGAAGAAGAAACGAAAAAAAUGACAACGAAUAACUCGAAUGAUAUUACAGUUAUAGAGAAUACAGUAAACAGUGAUAUGGACAGAAGGGGUGAAGAACAUAUUUACUCGUGUGCAGCAAUUUCACCUUCCACUUCGAGCGAAGAUGGUGUAAUAUCUACAUCACUACAACGGAAACCAGGACGAAAAACCGACCGGGAGAGGGAGGAGUUUGGCCAGCGACGCGAAUGGACAGACGGUGAAAUUCUACAGUUAAUUCGACUCUGGAAGGAGAACGAUGUGUUGUAUAAUACUAACCAUCCAUUCUACUACGUACAAACGGAGAGAAAAAUAGCGAUGGAAAAUAUCAGUGCAGAGCUUGGUAUAAACGGUAAAGAUGUGAACGACAAAAUGCAUAGCUUGAGAACGUAUUUUUGUUCACAACGACAACGAACCGAAUCCGCUGAAGGAAGAACGGAAUUUCCUCGGUGGAAAUUUUAUGAUGACAUGUCUUUUCUUUAUGAAAGCGUGACCAACAGGGCGGCGAAGAAUUGUUCAAACAAUCGAUCUCGAACUCGAAAAAGACAAUUAACCAAACAUGAUGAACCAGCGACGUUUGUUAAUGUAGCCAGACCUUUAAAUAAUGGUUUAUAUCAUACACAAACGAGUAGGGCGUAUUUACACGAGCAAACGUUGGAUCACGAGGAACAUAGCGAUAAGAACAAUUCCAUGGCAGACUUGCACAGAUAUGGAAACCUACCUGACCACGAGGAAACACCUGCGCGUACUACUCCGGCAUCUACGAGUGUCAACAAAGACAGAGAUGGAAGUCGUCACUUUAGCUCAGCAGACGAACUAUUCGGACAAAUGGUGACGUCAUCUUUGACGCAGAUAGAAGAGGGACAAGAAAAGGAACGGUUAAAAUUAGACAUUCAAACCAUGAUUUAUAACACUAGAUUUAAAAAAAGGUAAAAACAAAAAAAUAAAAAUAUGAUUCCAUGUAUAAGAUUUGACGUUAAAUGCUUUGAUGCAGAGUGGCUUAUAUAAAUAUUAUUGUUACUUAACUCUUUUAUCUCCAUUCAAAUUUUCUAUAACUUUGGUACAGGGUUUUAGGAGAAUUGACGUUGUA